AUGAGUUACAAUUAUAAGGACGAGAUGCAAAUAGAAUCUGAAUUUAAAGAAUUGAAUAUUUCUGAUAGAAAUCCAAAAAUCAAUCAUAAAAAUUGUUAUCAACCAACCUUAGAUGGUAAAUUAUGGUGUAAAGAAUGUGUUCCUCAUUGCAUAAUCGAAGGAUGGACCAGCGAAAAUAACGAUAUUGAUAAAUUUAUCAAGGAUACGAUUUAUAAUGCAAAAUUAAAAUAUGAUAUUAAUGCUAAAGUUGAAUAUCCAUUAUUUCUUGAAUGGGUACCAUUUGAUAGAUUUGAAGAUGUAGAACAAAUUGGAGAAGGUGGAUUUUCUAAAGUAUAUUCUGCAAUAUGGAUUGAUGGUAAAGCAGAAUAUUUUAGACAAGAUGAUGGAAGUUGGAAAAAAAGAAAUCCUAAGCCUAUAAAAGUAGCUUUGAAAAAAUUAAAUGAAUCACAAAACAUUUCAACUAAUUAUUUAAAUGAGAUUAAAACUUUUUGGAAUAUUUAUUUUUAUGAUACUAAUUAUUUAAAAUUUUAUGGAAUAACUAAAGAUACAGAAACUAAAGAAUUUAUGAUGAUUAUAGAAUUAGCAAAUCAAGGGAAUUUGAGAAGUGUUCUUUCAAAUAAUUUUAAUAAUAUUUUUUGGUAUAAGAAAAUAAAAGACUUACAUGAUAUAGCAUACGAUCUUAAAAAUUUACAUGAAUUGGGAUAUUUUCAUAAAGAUUUUCAUAGUGGAAAUAUAUUACAGAAUCUUGAAAAAAGCGACAUAAGUUAUUCGUAUAUUUCUGAUUUUGGAUUAUCUGGACCAUCAAAUGAACAAAAAUUGGAUGAUAAAAUUUGUGGGGUAUUACCAUAUAUUGCUCCAGAAGUUUUGAAUAGAGAACCAUACACAUUAUCCUCUGAUAUUUAUAGUUUUGGUGUAAUUAUGACAGAAUUAUCAUCUGGAAAACCUCCUUUUUAUAAUAGAAAACAUGAUAUUAGCUUAGGAUUAGAAAUUUGCAAUGGAAUCAGACCCGAAUUUGGAAAGGGAACUCCUGAAAUUUAUAAAAAAUUAGCUUAUAGAUGUAUGAGUGCUAUUCCAAAUCAAAGACCAACAGCAAGUGAAUUAUAUGACAUAUUAGAUUUUUGGUUUAAAUCUCAUGAGAAUGAAUAUUAUCAGGAAGAGAAAUUUGGUUAUAAAAGAGAAGAGAUCAAAGCUAUUUUUGAUGAAGCUGAUGAUGAGAUACCAAAUAUUACAACAUCAUAUGAAAAAAAUCCUGAUGCAAUAUACACUAGUAGGAUAUUCACUUUUAGUAAUUUGCCAAAACCUGUUAAUUCAUCUAUUAUUACUUCAUAUAUUGAUGAAGAUAAUGAAGAUGGUCAAGAUUCUAAAUUAUUGAUUUUUAAUUAG